ACAAAGCCCAUCAACUUCUUCUUUGUGUCUGUUUGUUUACCACCUUGAGUCUUCUUAAUGAUUUGUACGCUCAAUGUCGCAAUUGUCAUUUUCCUCUGAUUCCUAUUCGACCAUUAUGAUGGAUGUCAUUGAUAUUUUGUGGUAUGGGUGGUUGUUCAGUGUUUGUUGAUAAAGGGUAUGAAAUCUAUAUUUUUAUUGUUUUAUAUAUUUUGUGAUAACCGUUGAAAAAUGUAAGGAUAGUGAGAGUAAGAAACAUUUUAUGAAUUUGUCUUUUUGAGGAAUAAGGAAGUAGAAAGUCUUUCAGCAGGUAGGGUGUAUUCAACCCAUUCUGUGUCAGUGUCGGUAGGAAGAUGGGUAUUGGAGGUAUUCAACCCAUUUAGUUUCAGGAAAUUUGACGAUGAGGGGAGGAGGACUGGCUUUUAAUGUGUUAACAUGGGAAUGACUUUUUUUUAGCAUGUAGAGUUUCGCGCGAUGUUUUACAACUGGUCAUUGGUCAUCUCUUCACAACAGUGUAAAUGCUGUCAAAUGUGUAUGUUUAUUAUUAUGUUACGAGUAUUCUUUCAUGUAAUCUUUGAUUCUGGCCAUACAACUAGAGAAGUAUUGGCUAACAACAACGGACAUGCCAGGAAUGGAUUUUGAAUGGAAGUAGCAGAAGGCCCUCACAUCGGACGUUAUUUGUAGUUAGGGACUCUCACAAGGGGAGUGAUGCUUAUUAGAUCAUGUAAGAUGAAGCAUUAGUCACACACUAAGCAGUGAUAAGAAGUUUUGGUCCAUUACUGGCCAGACGUCAAUAUCUUAAACCUUCUCCUACAAGGUUUUUUUUUGCGUUUAUGAGAUUGCCAUUGAAAGGAUUACGGGAGAUCUGUGCAGUAUCAAUAUAUUGUCAUCUUGAUGAUUUCAUGAUACUUAGGUAGAGCCUUGAGGAUUAUAGUUAAACCAUAUGGGGUAAAGUAAAAUGUAGGACGAUAGUGUUGAGAAUAUUUGAAAAUGGGGAUAAUUAUGUCACAUACAUGUAUUUAGGAAAUAAAAGUUGCGUACAAGAUUGUUGACCUGUCACUGUGAAUGAAUGUCACUGUGUUUGCAAGUUGGCUAUGACGAAGCGAAGUUUGUACAACAUAAACCUCAGUGGAGGAAGGCGAACUUGUAGGAUUGUCAUGUGACAAAGAACAAUCAGUCAACCCGAGACUAAUGUCAAAUAUUUUCCUUUCUAGCUUCCUUCAUUCGUUGAGGACAUCGCCCAAGAACCUGACAACUAUAUAUGAUAUUUAUUACAUCUAUAUAGUAAUGACACUGGCAAGGUUCUUUAAUAACAAAAUAAUCUUGAUUUAUUAAAUUUUCGGAAAGUAAUGUGGUGAAUCCAUAUAAACAUGUUAAGUACAUAUCGCCAGUUGUUUUUAACAGGUCUGUUUAACCAUUGCAAUGAUGAAAAACAUAUUCAUUAAUAUGUAAUAAUUCGUUCCUUGUUUUAAUGGUAUGGGUAUCUUGCAUGAUGUACAAGCAGCCUUUAUACGAUGCAAGGUUUAUUCUGUGAGAUGUGUGGGUAGUUCUAUAUGUUGCGUAUGUGUGUGGUGGUUUAGAACUACACUAAUCUGAGACUAAUUUUAGGAGUUGUGAGGUCUGAGUAUUACUCAGGGAGGCGUUGCAGCAAGACUGGAACCUGAAGACCCAAGGUGAGGCAAAACACCUGAUCCAAAGCUUCAAGCAAGAACCUUCUCAGAUGUUAUGACAGAAUUGCAGCUCGGCAAAGAACAGGCCGGGCUGCGUCAGCAGAUGCACGAGAAGGCUAAGGCUGGUGAACUGCGGGCCGUCAAUGGAGCUGGGGGUGAUGCAGGGCAUAAACAACCCACAAAGAGGAAACGCUGGGACCAGUCCUCCGCCCAGGAAGAUGCUCCUACCAAGAAGAAAACCUCGUCAUGGGAUGCGGCAGAAGCCAUUACCCCAUCAAACAGCAGAUGGGAUGAAACUCCUGGUAGAGCCAAAGGGGAACAGACCCCUGGUGCGACCCCAGGCCAGAGCACCAGACAGUGGGAUUCUACCCCAGGACACGCCACCCCUGGUGCGACCACACCUGGUAGAGACACCCCUGGCCAUCAAGCCACGCCAAGUGCUAGAAGGAACAGAUGGGAUGAGACUCCUAAAACGGAGAGAGACACCCCUGGUCAUGGCAGCGGUUGGGCAGAGACCCCUCGAACAGACAGAGGUGGUGAUUUGAUCGAGACCACACCAACGCCAGGGGCAAGCAAACGUCGUUCACGAUGGGAUGAGACCCCAGGAGCCACGCCUGGUGGGAUGACCCCUAACAUGACCCCAGGGGGAAUGACCCCUACCAUGACCCCUGGAGGUCACACACCCACCAUGACACCUGGAGGGAUGACUCCUGGACAAACUCCUGGCGGUCACACCCCGGGCGGCUUCACUCCUAGCGGUGCCACACCCACUGGUCAGAAAGCCAUGGCCAUGGCCACUCCAACCCCUGGCCACCUCAUGUCCAUGACCCCGGAACAGUUGCAGGCGUACACAUGGCAGAGGGAAAUCGAUGAAAGAAAUCGACCAUUGUCUGAUGACGAACUGGACUCAAUGUUCCCACCUGGCUACAAGGUGCUGAAUCCCCCGGCAGGCUAUAUACCUAUCAGAACACCAGCCAGGAAGCUGAUUGCCACCCCCACCCCGAUGGCUGGCACCCCUGGGUUCCGAAUGCAGACCCCAGACUCCAAGACACAGAUUGUUGACAUGCAGCCCAAGGGCAAUCUGCCUAUGAUGAAGCCGGAUGAUAUGCAGUACUUUGACAAACUAUUGGUGGAUGUAGACGAAGAGUCGUUGACGCCAGAGGAACAGAAGGAGAGGAAGAUUAUGAAGCUGCUCCUCAAAAUAAAGAAUGGCACGCCACCAAUGAGAAAGGCUGCUCUACGUCAGAUCACAGACAAGGCCCGCGAGUUUGGUGCUGGUCCCCUGUUUAAUCAGAUCCUACCACUGUUGAUGUCCCCGACCUUGGAGGAUCAGGAACGUCACUUGCUAGUGAAGGUCAUUGACCGAAUCCUGUACAAGCUGGACGAUCUGGUCCGACCCUAUGUACACAAGAUCCUUGUGGUCAUUGAGCCUCUGCUCAUUGAUGAGGACUACUAUGCCCGUGUUGAAGGGAGAGAAAUUAUCUCAAACUUGGCGAAGGCCGCUGGUCUUGCCACCAUGAUCUCCACAAUGAGACCCGACAUUGACAACAUGGACGAGUAUGUCCGUAACACCACUGCUCGAGCCUUUGCCGUUGUGGCCUCUGCUCUUGGCAUCCCAUCUCUCCUGCCUUUCCUGAAGGCUGUGUGCAAGAGUAAGAAGUCCUGGCAAGCCAGACAUACUGGUAUCAAGAUUGUACAACAGAUAGCCAUCCUCAUGGGCUGUGCCAUACUUCCUCAUCUCAAGAAUUUGGUCGAGAUUAUUGAGCAUGGCUUGGUUGAUGAGCAGCAGAAAGUACGAACCAUCACUGCCCUGGCUUUGGCUGCUUUGGCUGAAGCGGCCACGCCCUAUGGUAUUGAAUCUUUUGACAGUGUCCUCAAACCUCUCUGGAAGGGUAUUCGUCAACACAGAGGAAAGGGUCUUGCUGCCUUCCUGAAGGCUAUUGGCUACCUGAUCCCCCUCAUGGAUGCUGAGUACGCCAACUACUACACCAGGGAAGUGAUGUUGAUCCUCAUCCGAGAGUUCCAGUCUCCUGAUGAGGAAAUGAAAAAGAUUGUACUUAAGGUGGUGAAGCAGUGCUGUGCGACCGAUGGUGUUGAACCCCAGUACAUCAAAGAUGAGAUUCUACCAGCUUUCUUCAAGCACUUCUGGAACCAGAGAAUGGCUCUUGAUAGGAGAAACUACAGACAGCUGGUGGACACAACAGUCGAGAUUGCCAACAAGGUUGGUGCAGCGGAGAUUGUUGGACGCGUCGUUGAUGACCUGAAGGAUGAGGCUGAGCAGUACCGUAAGAUGGUGAUGGAGACCAUUGAGAAGAUCAUGUCGAAUCUUGGUGCCGCCGAUAUUGAUUCACGUCUUGAAGAACAGCUGAUUGACGGUAUCCUGUACUCCUUCCAGGAACAGACCACGGAGGAUGUGGUUAUGUUGAAUGGUUUCGGCACAGUGGUGAAUGCGCUGGGCAAGCGGGUGAAACCCUAUCUCCCCCAGAUCUGUGGUACCAUCCUCUGGCGUCUCAACAAUAAGUCGGCCAAAGUUCGACAACAGGCGGCUGAUCUCAUCUCCAGGAUAGCCAUUGUUAUGAAAACUUGUCAGGAGGAGAAACUGAUGGGCCAUUUGGGUGUGGUGUUGUACGAAUAUUUGGGAGAAGAAUACCCCGAGGUUCUCGGCUCAAUCCUGGGAGCUCUGAAGGGCAUUGUUAAUGUCAUCGGGAUGACCAAGAUGACGCCUCCAAUCAAGGAUCUCUUGCCAAGGCUCACACCAAUCCUCAAGAACAGACACGAGAAGGUACAGGAGAACUGUAUCGACCUGGUUGGCCGUAUCGCUGACCGCGGAGCAGAGUUUGUGUCUGCUAGGGAAUGGAUGAGAAUCUGCUUUGAGCUGCUCGAGUUACUCAAGGCCCACAAGAAGGCCAUCAGGAGAGCCACUGUCAACACCUUUGGCUACAUUGCCAAGGCUAUUGGUCCUCAUGACGUGUUGGCGACCCUCCUCAACAACCUAAAAGUGCAGGAGAGACAGAACAGAGUGUGUACGACAGUUGCCAUCGCCAUUGUAGCGGAGACGUGUUCCCCCUUCACUGUGUUGCCAGCCCUGAUGAAUGAGUACCGCGUGCCCGAGCUGAAUGUCCAGAACGGUGUCCUCAAGUCUCUGUCCUUCAUGUUUGAAUAUAUCGGAGAAAUGGGGAAGGACUACAUCUAUGCUGUGUCACCUCUGUUUGAAGAUGCCCUCAUGGACAGAGAUCUGGUGCAUCGGCAGACGUCCAUGGCAGCAAUCCAGCACAUGGCUCUUGGUGUGUACGGCUUUGGAUGCGAGGAUGCACUCACCCAUCUCCUCAACUAUGUCUGGCCCAACAUCUUCGAAACCUCCCCUCAUGUUGUGCAGGCUUUCAUGGGGGCUGUCGAAGGCCUCAGAGUGGCCAUUGGGCCGUCAAAAAUACUCCAGUAUGCCAUGCAGGGCCUAUUCCAUCCUGCUCGCAAGGUUCGUGACGUCUACUGGAAGGUGUACAACACAGUGUACAUUGGGGCACAAGACGGCAUGAUUCCAGCCUAUCCCAGAAUCCCCAACGAUGCCAAGAACCAGUACAUCCGAUAUGAACUGGACUACAUCUUAUAGGGCUGUACCAUCUCUGGAGGAGGACAAUCUGUGUUGUGUGAAAGUGCUGGACUCUUGACAAUGUGAAGACUGUAGAGAGCUCAUAGUGAUCUAGCUACUGAUUUUUGUAUCAAAGUCAUUGAAAAAUAUUUUGGUAAGCUAACAUGACUGGGAGGAGUUUACUGUUUAGCGAUCUGGUUAAGGGGAUUAUGUAAUUUGUGGAAAAAAUACACUUUUUGUUAAAUAGUUAGUGGUAUGUAAGCUCUCUUCAUGUACGAAACAAAGGGAUGAAAAGUAUUCUGAUUCCUAAACUGAUCGAUCAGGUAUUUCAAGUAAACAUUUUGGUUGCCUUUGAGAAUUCUACCAUUUUAAAAUUUGAACUCCAUCUUUUUUAACAUGUUUGUGGAUUUUGUAUGCAUUGUUCUUGGAAACUGAAUAUAUUACUAUUAACCUCUAAGGAUGUCUACAGGAGUAUUUAAUGAAACUGUUUGAAUGAAGAAAAGGGAAAUCACUCACACACACUUUACUAUUGAGACAUAAAAGGAAAUGACUGAUAAUAGCUGUGAUAUUUCCCCCACUUUUCUAUGGUUCCAUUGAUUACACAAGUGUAAUGACAUCAUUUGACAGAGUUACAAUGCUGUUGAAGAAUGAUGCUUCUACUUAGUGAAACUUAGCAUCGUCAAUAUGGGACCCGGUGUUAGGUUCCUGAGCUUGACAUUAAAUGUAUCUUUUAUGACUUGAUGUUAGUCAGUGUUUCUCUGCUGCACUGAUUUGUUUUGACAAUGGAUUGUAAAAAGAAUGGGGGCGUGGCAAUCUGAUUGAUUGUUAAAUGGGAUUUGAAUCCCAGAAAUCAUCUAAACGAUUCCUCUCUUGGAUAGCUUUUGUCAAGCCUGGAAAACGUAGCACUAGGCAUGGAAACAAUAGAGCAUCCAGUCUAUAGUGCCUCCACUUUUUACUUUUACUUGAAUUCCGCAAAAAAUGCAGUUUCAGUUGUCAUAGGAGCACGAUAUUGCCCAUUGUAUAUGACAUAGUAUUCUAGACUGAGGUCACAUGUCUCACAGCUGUUUAGUAUGAAUAGAAAAAGAGUGCAGUGGAGAAGUACCGAUAUCUUGUUCCAAUGUUGAUGUACAUUAUCUGUUUGGAGAUUUGUGGGUGUUAAACAGUAUUGGAUCCCCGUAAAUUUCAUUUGGAACCGAUAUGUUUGUCUACCAGUAGACAUCCUCAAGAGAAUGCAGAGGCACUUGAUAAUGUGAUGGUACCUGCUUGAAGGUAUUCAUAGUAAUCCUUUAGUCUUUGUGAAGGAUGCUUCUCAGCUAUCUUUCAUUUGUUUUAAGUUCCCUAUUGUUGAACUGUAUAUUCUGUUGUAUGCAUCAUAAAUCAUGUGGAUUCUUGAACACCCAAGGUGGUCAUUUCCCCACUUAAAUGGAUAGCUUUCAUCUUCAUAUGUGCAGCCUGAUGUUUCCAGUCAUUGUCCACCUACUUCAUCUGUUCACUGUAAGAUACCAAGUCAUAUAUGUUCAUCAUGUGUUGGAUUCAUUUCAUCCUAGAGACUAACAGUCUCGCUUGUGGCAUGUGAACUGUGUUGACGCCUCCCCUGAGCUCUCUGCUUGUCAAGCUAUGGUCAUAUUUUGUCUGUAAAAUUUCUUGUAAAUAGAAAUAAAUCUGUACAAAUC